AUGUACUCUGAUGAGUACUUUUCAAAUGGGCAGGCCAUGCUGGAAUAUCUUGCUGCACGCUUUCACUAUCCUCCACAUUAUGGUGCCUUGGGGGCAUACCAGGCAAUCUACCUCAUGUACAAAAGCACAGCAAGUUUCGUGAAAACAAAGGAUUUCCCCAAUGUCAAUGAUAUUUACCAAACUCAGUAUGAAGAAAUCCGUCGCCAUCUCUUGGGGUUGAGCGUGCGCGACUCACUCUACGGGCAGUCCAAUUUCAAUGAAUAUCGAAGGAAUAUUGGAAGGGGAUCAGCCGGCAUGCAAUGGGGGAUUCCUUUUGGUUCAUCAACAAAUGAGACUGAAAUGGAACUACUCCUUGUGUCGCCCAUAGACCAAGCUGAAGUUGCAGUUUUGGUGCCAGCUCCCACAUCUUUGGAUUGUCUAGCUGGUUACUUUGUGAAUCAAUCAGCAAUUGCCGAAUAG